AAGAAUGCCACAAUUAACACUAAUUGGUACCUUCCUUGAUGUUUUGACCAGGGAGAAUGAACUGCCUCCCCGGAGGCAGGCACUCCAGGUCAGAGGAAGAGGCCUGUGGGGAUGUUGCAUGGCUCACAGGACCUUCAUGCCAAGGGGAAAUCUUGAAUCAAACCAAAUUCACACUGCAUGAGGAUUACUUGCUUGGUGGUGUUUCUCCCUGGGUGGCCAAAUUUCUGCAAGGAGUGAACACACGCAGAUUUGCCCAUGUGCACAUGAUGAGCCUUGAAGCCAUUUGCUCACUUCCCUUUAAUUAAAACCUUCUGCUUUUGCAUUUUCUUUUCUGUUUGGUGACCGAAGCGAAGCUUCAUGUGCCUUCACGUGGGAGUUAAGUGGGUCAGCGGGCUGCUUUGUUUGUGACAGCUCUUACGUGGAAAAAGCCCGAUGCAAAAUGCUGAGGCUUGGCAGGAAAGUGCCAAUUAAAGAUAGCAGUGCAGGAGCAUAUUGUCUGAGCUGAAAGUGCUCGAAUCUGGGGCUGUGACAACUGCCAUGUGCAAAGGAAAGAAUGAGGAAUUAUUAAAUCUAAUGUUGAUCUGAAGUUAGUUAGUGCUUUCCCCUAUUCAAGUGUUUGUUCUUGCGCACUAUGGACAAGGAGUUCGUUCCCUGUUUCACAGGCGCACACCUCCUACUCGUGAUGAACCAGACCUUUCCCAACAAGCAGGGAACGGUGUACUUUGCAAGUGGACUGAUUAGAGGGAGACGUGCUGCUUCCCUGGGAACAGUAUCCUCUCGGGAGACAGAUGUUCCUGCCUUUCUGCUGCACUAGUCCUGCCUGUGCUAGAGAUACACGUGUGAGAUAGGAUGGACUGCUGAAUUGGGAAUUAUUGCAGACUCAACAGUACAGCACUGCUCGUUGCUUCGUCUCUUACUGGUUAUUUAAACUGGACUUUUAAUAUCCUGCCAGCUGCUGUUCACACACACAUGGUGCAUUGUUGCCAUUCUCAGAAUUACAUCUUUGAAACUCAGACCCUCAGUAACCUUCAUAGAACAAAGAGGCGACCUCCUGCAUACAUUUAUAGAGGGAUUUUUUGGACCUACUGCCCUCUAGCUUUUUUGCUGGUGCUGUAUUUCUAAGACACUAUGGAGCCCAGUAUGGAGUACUGCUUAGCGCAGGUGCUGCAGAAGGAUGUUGGAAAGAGACUUCAAGUUGGCCAGGAAUUGAUAGAUUACUUCUCAGAUAAACAGAAGUCAGCUGAUCUUGAACAUGAUCAGACUAUGCUGGAUAAAAUGGUUGAUGGACUGGCCACUUCUUGGGUAAAUUCCAGCAAUUAUAAGGUGGUUCUCCUGGGGAUUGACAUCCUUUCUGCGCUGGUGUCCCGCUUGCAAGAUCGCUUCAAGGCCCAGAUUGGCACAGUGCUGCCAAGUUUACUUGAUAGGCUGGGAGACUCUAAGGACUCGGUGAGGGAGCAGGAUCAGACCUUGCUGCUGAAAAUCAUGGAACAAGCUGCUAACCCUCAGUAUGUGUGGGACAGGAUGCUAGGAGGAUUCAAACACAAGAAUUUCCGAACAAGAGAAGGGAUUUGCCUCUGCCUUAUUGCAACACUCAAUGCAUCUGGAGCUCAGAGUUUAACACUGAGUAAGAUAGUGCCACAUAUAUGUAACUUACUUGGAGAUCCAAACAGCCAGGUUCGAGAUGCAGCAAUAAACAGCCUUGUGGAAAUUUACAGACAUGUUGGUGAACGUGUAAGGGCUGAUCUCAGUAAAAAAGGAUUACCCCAAUCGCGGUUGAAUGUAAUUUUUACAAAAUUUGAUGAGGUCCAAAAAUCUGGAAACAUGAUCCAGAGUUCAAGUGAUAAAAUUUUUGAUGAUGAAGACUCCGUGGAUGGGAACAGACCUUCCUCAGCUAGCUCCUCUACGUCUUCAAAGGCCCCUGCAAACUCGCGUAGAGUUGGGAUGGGGACUACCCGCAGACUUGGGUCUGCAGCUCUGGGCUCCAAGUCUUCAACAGCCAAAGAGGGAGCAGGUGCUGUGGAUGAAGAAGACUUCAUUAAGGCAUUUGAGGAUGUCCCAACAGUUCAGAUUUAUUCCAGCCGGGAUCUUGAGGAGUCCAUAAACAAAAUAAGAGAGAUACUAUCAGAUGAUAAGCACGACUGGGAACAGAGAGUUUCCGCAUUGAAAAAGAUCCGCUCCUUACUUCUGGCUGGAGCUGCAGAAUAUGAUAACUUCUUCCAACACUUAAGACUUUUGGAUGGAGCGUUUAAAUUAUCUGCUAAAGACCUGCGGUCUCAAGUCGUACGAGAGGCUUGUAUCACGUUGGGACAUUUGUCAUCUGUUCUGGGAAACAAGUUUGACCAUGGGGCAGAAGCCAUCAUGCCAACAAUUUUUAAUCUAAUUCCAAAUAGUGCCAAAGUUAUGGCCACUUCUGGUGUUGUAGCCGUUAGAUUAAUCAUUCGACAUACACACAUCCCUCGAUUAAUACCCAUCAUAACAAGUAAUUGUACCUCCAAGUCUGUUGCAGUUAGAAGGCGCUGUUUUGAAUUUUUAGACUUGCUGUUGCAGGAGUGGCAAACACACUCCCUAGAAAGACACAUAUCAGUGUUAGCUGAAACAAUAAAGAAGGGAAUUCAUGAUGCAGACUCUGAAGCCAGGAUAGAGGCAAGAAAGUGUUACUGGGGUUUCCACAGUCACUUCAGCCGAGAGGCAGAGCAUUUGUACCACACCUUGGAGUCUUCCUAUCAGAAGGCCCUGCAGUCACAUUUGAAGAACUCUGACAGCAUCGUGUCCUUGCCACAGUCAGAUCGCUCCUCCUCCAGUUCCCAGGAGAGUCUCAACCGUCCAUUGUCUGCCAAAAGAAGUCCCACUGGAAGUACUACAUCUAGAGCAUCUACAGUAAGUACAAAAUCUGUGUCAACACCAGGAUCUCUGCAGCGAUCCCGCAGCGACGUCGAUGUGAAUGCAGCAGCUAGUGCCAAGUCAAAAGUGACGUCUUCUGGAGCAUCCACCCCCUUCAGUUCUGCUGCAGCCUUGCCCCCAGGCUCAUACGCAUCACUAGAUGGUACUACCACUAAAACCGAGGGUCGGAUUCGUACAAGGAGACAGAGCUCUGGCAGUGCCACAAGUGUCACCUCAACGCCUGCUGAUACCCGAGGCCGCAGCCGGGCUAAAGUAGUUUCCCAAUCCCAGCGAUCCAGAUCAGCUAAUCCUGCUGGUGCUGGUAGCAGGUCUAGUUCUCCGGGUAAGCUGUUAGGAAGCGCCUAUGGUGGCCUGAGCGGUGGAACAUCCAGAGUCCAGCCAGUGCCAUCAUCUUCAGAGAAGCGCAGCAAGAUCCCUCGGAGCCAAGGAUGCAGUCGGGAGACGAGUCCCAGCAGAAUAGGACUAGCACGGAGCAGUCGUAUCCCCCGACCCAGCAUGAGUCAGGGGUGCAGCCGUGAUACCAGCCGUGAGAGCAGUCGAGAUACAAGCCCUGCUCGGGGCUUUCCUCCACUUGCUUCUCGACGUCAUUCCAGGUCCACUAGUGCUCUCUCCACUGCUGAUUCUGUUGGGCAGUCAGACCGGUUUGGACUCGGACAGCCAGGCAGGAUGCCUGCUUCUGUGAAUGCCAUGCGAGUCCUGAGCACAAGCACAGACCUGGAGGCUGCUGUGGCCGAUGCACUGGUAAGAGGAAAAAUGCAAAAUGCUUCCGACACCAGAAAGUGGCUUGAAGUUACCUCUCUUAGGAGACUCCAGGAGCAAGUAGCUAAUUCCACUGGGCAAAAGCAUCUUGCUUUCAUGCUGGGGAAGGCAGGCCCUGCUCACUUUGGUCACUCGAAUAGUCUCAUUGAAAUCAAUGGCAUCUGUCUUGCUCUACUGCGAGAGAAAAAGCCAGUGAGAAGAAGGUAUGAACCCUAUGGGAUGUACUCCGAUGACGAUGCUAACAGCGAUGCAUCAAGUGCUUGCUCGGAGCGCUCCUAUGGUUCCAGGAAUGGGGGCAUUCCGCACUACCUGCGGCAGACUGAAGAUGUGGCCGAGGUCCUGAACCACUGUGCCAGCUCCAACUGGUCUGAAAGGAAAGAAGGGCUCAUAGGUCUUCAGAACUUACUGAAAAGCCAGCGGACACUGAGCCGAGUCGAGUUAAAAAGGCUAUGUGAAAUAUUUACUCGCAUGUUUGCUGACCCUCACAGCAAGAGAGUCUUCAGCAUGUUUCUGGAAACCCUGGUUGAUUUCAUCAUCAUUCAUAAAGAUGACCUGCAGGACUGGCUUUUUGUUCUUCUGACCCAGUUGCUAAAGAAAAUGGGAGCAGAUUUGCUGGGGUCUGUGCAGGCAAAAGUUCAAAAAGCUCUAGAUGUCACCAGGGAUUCUUUUCCAUUUGAUCAACAGUUUAACAUUUUGAUGAGGUUUAUUGUAGAUCAGACCCAAACACCAAAUCUGAAGGUGAAAGUUGCUAUCCUGAAGUAUAUUGAGUCCUUGGCAAGACAGAUGGAUCCAACAGACUUUGUGAACUCCAGUGAGACAAGACUUGCUGUGUCUAGAAUUAUAACUUGGACAACAGAACCAAAGAGCUCAGAUGUGAGAAAGGCAGCACAAAUAGUCCUGAUUUCUCUCUUUGAAUUGAACACUCCUGAGUUUACCAUGUUACUUGGUGCCUUGCCAAAAACAUUCCAGGAUGGUGCUACCAAGCUCCUGCACAACCACCUCAAGAACUCCAGUAACACCAGUGUGGGUUCCCCCAGCAAUACCCUUGGUCGGACUCCUUCCCGGCACUCCAGCAGCAGAACCAGCCCCUUAACUUCACCUACCAACUGUUCCCAUGGUGGACUGUCUCCAAGUCGGUUCUGGGGUUGGAGUGCAGAUGGGCUGUCGAAGCACCCCCCUCCCCUUUCUCAGCCUAACUCCAUCCCCACUGCUCCUUCCCACAAGACUUUCAGACGCUCUUACUCUCCCAGUAUGCUGGAUUAUGACACGGAGAACCUAAAUUCUGAUGAAAUCUACAGCUCUCUUCGUGGAGUCACAGAAGCAAUUGAAAAAUUUAGUUUCCGUAGUCAAGAGGACUUGAAUGAGCCAAUCAAACGUGAUGGAAAGAAAGACUGUGACAUUGUGUCUCGGGAUGGUGGCCUUGCUGUGCCUACCAGUGAUGUCCGUGGAGGCAGUGACAUUGUGGAAGGUGGAAGGAUGGCUCUAGAUAACAAAACCUCCUUACUUAACACCCAGCCUCCCCGCGCCUUUUCAGGGCCACGUGCUCGAGAAUAUAACCCCUAUCCUUAUGCCGACACAAUUAACACUUACGACAAGACUGCCCUGAAGGAAGCAGUGUUCGAUGAUGACAUGGAUCAGCUUCGGGAUGAAGUACCCAUUGACCAUUCAGAUUUGGUGGCUGAUCUUCUGAAAGAGCUCUCCAACCACAACGAGCGGGUAGAGGAGCGGAAAGGAGCUCUCCUGGAACUGCUAAAGAUCACAAGGGAAGAUAAUCUUGGAGUUUGGGAGGAACAUUUCAAAACAAUUCUGCUCUUGCUGCUGGAAACCCUUGGAGACAAAGAUCAUUCAAUAAGAGCCUUGGCACUGCGAGUCCUGAGAGAGAUCUUACGGAACCAGCCGGCAAGGUUUAAGAACUAUGCGGAGUUGACUAUCAUGAAAACACUGGAAGCACAUAAAGAUUCCCACAAAGAGGUCGUCAGAGCUGCUGAAGAAGCUGCUUCCACCCUGGCAAGUUCCAUCCACCCCGAGCAAUGCAUCAAGGUGCUUUGCCCCAUCAUUCAGACUGCAGAUUAUCCAAUUAAUUUAGCUGCCAUCAAAAUGCAGACAAAAGUCAUCGAGAGGAUUUCCAAGGAAUCGUUGCAUCAGCUCCUUCCUGAUAUCAUUCCUGGGUUGUUACAGGGUUAUGAUAAUACGGAGAGCAGUGUCCGUAAAGCUAGCGUAUUUUGCCUAGUGGCAAUUUAUUCAGUAAUUGGAGAAGAACUGAAACCUCAUCUCGCACAACUCACGGGAAGCAAGAUGAAGCUACUAAACUUGUACAUAAAGAGGGCCCAGACCACCAACAGCAACAGCAGUUCCUCUUCAGAUGUUUCAACGCACAGUUAAUGGAGAUAUGUGGACAUAUGUGUAGACUUAGAAGCAAUCAACGGUGCCUCUCAGAGACCUUUCUGCUACUCUUCACUGGCGUGCUCCAUCAGCUCAAGGAGGCCGUGCAGAUAUUUAUUGCAAUCAGUAUUUUAGUCCCUUAAAAGCUUUUAUGUAGAAUCUUACUGGUAUUGAAUGUAAAGAAAGCAAGGUCUGUGUUGCAGUCUUCAUUAAAAGUGAACAACAGAAAGCCAUACUUAAACAUAUUUGUAUAGCCUGCUGAAAUCUCAGAAAUAUGUUUAGGUUAGCGUUCCAAAACUGAGUCCAAGAACCUGGACACACAUAAAGGUCAAACGAAUCUUGUUGGUUUAAUUCAUACCCAGUUUUGGUUUCUGUGUGCUAGUUACCUGCUCUCUCCCUGCAGCCGUUCUGGCUUAGGUUCUCCUCUUCUUACAAGUCUCGUGGUCCUGUUUUGUACCCCCUGUUGCAGCUUGCCUAACGUGCAGGGCUAGGGCUCUCCAUGGGGAGAUCUUUGCAGAUGUGGCUGUGAUUUCAGCCUCAGAUGCUUUAAUACUGAGAGAUCUCCAGCAAGUAAUGAAAAAGUAGGUUCUUUUUAAACAUCUGAGUUUUUGUACAUAGUUCUUCCGACAGACCUCUGAUGGGCUGGUUUCUCUGUAACCGUUCUCCAGCCAGCUGUGCUGUGCAAACCAGCUGGGCUCUUGCUCCUUUCAUUGACUGUGUAAAUAUUUCUCCCCUCCAAACCCGUUCGGCUCUUUCAUAUGCUCAUAAGACUCUCUGGAUUACUUGUUAGGCCCCAGAGGGAACCCGAGACCCAAUUCUGGGACCGAUGCCUGCAAAUGGGACACUGGAGCUAGGUGGGUGGGUGUUGGAUUAGGCUCUCAAGUGUGUCCCUGGGUGGGCAGUGGGAGCUGGCAGGGCUGUAUCUCAGUGCUGCCUUGUGAGGCUAUAGCUGCAUUUUUCUUCAAGUCUGAAGGGCUGAUCUGCUGCUCGGAGCUGACCCACUGGUGUUGGGUAGUGAUUGGCCUUGUCCCCACAACUCCUUUGUGUUUCGAGCAAAAUGUUCAUCCCAGAGGACAGAAAGGGUGUCUGAAACGGAACGGAAAGACGCCGUGGAAGCACCUUCUGAGCCAGCUGGGACAGUGCUGGUUGCCUGCCACAGCUCCCUGCCUGUGCCUGAAGAGCCUGCAGUGCUGUUAGCUGCCUUUAGAAACCUCCUGCUUCCCGGCCAGCCCCACGCACGGCCCUGCUGGGUGCUCGGCGUUUUGGAGGGGUGUGGAGGAGCAGUGCUGUCAGCAGGCUGCUCUGGGUGAGGGUGCAGCGGGGCAAAUCCUUUUGCAGCCUUGAUGACACGGACCAAGUCAGAGCCAAACCAACAGCAAACACCCCACAGCACCAGCCCUUCCCAAAGGGAGACGCUUCUGUUUGCAAAGGGUGAGCUCCUCCUGCCUCUGCCUGUAACCGGGGGAAGCAGGAGGACGCUAAUGCUGUGUUUGGCCCUGAGCUGGAUCCUGGAUGACAGGCAUGCCCACCCCAAACCUGCGAUGGAUCAGAACUGGGGUUUUGCCCCCCAGUGCCAGGGUCACAGGAGGAUGGUGGGUCUGCAGCUCUGGGUGCAGCUGUGGUGAUGAAGGUGUGCUCCCUGGCUGCUCUCAGUGCCUCGGUGUCUCUCCAGCCCUCUCCAUCUCCCUGUUGGGGAGCUGAAGGGACACCUCGGUAGCGUGCUGAGAGUGUGAGAGUUCCCAGUAUGGCAGCAGGGCAGCGCAGUGGGGAGGGUGAAGCCCCGUUGUCCUCCCUUUCCAUCAGCUUACCCCUGUGUGUGUCAGCCCCGGCCCUGAGGAGCUGUGCCGGGAGGUGACGCUUGGUGCCAGCUCCCCUCCCAGUCCCCAGCUCAGGAGGGAUUGGGGCUGGUGGGGACUGUGUGGGAUUGGGCUGCGAAGCUUGUCGGUCCCUUUCCCUGCUGAUGUGAGAGCAGGGGAGGUGACCUGCUCCUGAGCUUGUCAGGAUGUGUCCAGGCUUUUGCUGGCUGCAGGGCUACUUCCCUCAUCUUUCCCAAUGAAUAACGCUGUGGCAGGAGAAACCAUGAGAUCCUGGUGGGUGGGAUUCACCCAGGGUCUUUCUGCAGGCUCAGAAAAGCCAUCUUCACUAGAGGGAGGUUUGGCUGCUCCAUGGUUGGUGUCUCCCUUUCCGUGGACCAUUUCUUUUCAACAUCUUUGAGUAUGCUUGGUAGAAUAUUCUUUUUUAAUUUUUUGAAUGAUUCAAAUUAUUUUAGUUUAACACAAAUUUUUAUUUUCCCUUUUGAGGAAACAGCCAACUUGUUGGCAGCAGUUAGCUGUCUUGUUUGAAUUUUUAGUAGUGGGUUUGGGGUUUUGUUCGGAAUUUUUUUGGUUUUAUUUUGUUUUUUUUUUAAAUUUGAACUCUGAACUGCUUGGUAUUUAUGCCUCUCUCUCUCUCUCUCUCUCUCUCUCCCCAUCUCAGUUCAGCAUCUUCUGUUCCAGUUCUGGGGUGCAGAAGGUCAGCAUAGCUGACCAGAUGGUGAUUAGUCCCUCCCAACUGUGAUGGAGCUUGGUCCAUCACCCUUUGCUGUUUGCUUGGUUUUGGUUUUCCUUUUGAAUGGCACACUGUAGCAAAUCUCCAGGAAUUGAAUUCCUUCUCAAGUGAUUUUAUAUAUUUUAUAAAAUCCUGUUAGUAUGCACUGAGAGUGAACGCACUGUAACGUCCCUGAACUGCCCCUGGUGCGCGCUGACGCUGCAGUAGGAGUUGACGGCUCGUCCUCGGGAAGACGCGCGCGACCUGCCGCGCCUCCAGCGACGAGCCGGCGUCCGCCGAUACUGUCGGCACGCGUGGGGCUGCAGAUGGUGGAACCAGGCCUUACUUUCUGAAUCAGAUUCGGUUCUGUUUGUCAACAGAGGCUCAUUAAUGUGCUAAUUAAUUUUGUUAUGUGAGUCAGUCGAGGACUGUCCAUCCCUUGAGUACUCUAGAAGUAUGUUAUACCUGUAUACAGUAGAGAACGUUCUGCUUAGGUAUUUAUAAAUCAUUGCGUAUAAUGUACAUAGUAAGGUUGUUUAGUAUGUUGAACAUGACCCGAUUAAUUUUUUUUUUUUUUUUGUGUUUCCUUUGAAGUACUCAAAGGGCUAGCUCUGAAUGUCACCUCUCUGAUCUCCAGCGUUCUGACUUCAGCAAGCUGUACAAUCAUUUUGUUUUCUCUUCAGCAAGCAUAAAGGUCUCUCUGGCUACAAAUCACAGUGUCCACGCACGCUUGCAGAGAAAGAUCUGCAUGCUGGCAGUGCCUCACCGCACCGGUGAAGCUUGUGUUCACGUUCUCCCAGCAGUAGCCACCUACUGCAGCUGCCUUUCUUUUUUUUUUUUUUUUUUUUUCCCCUUGCUGCCCAUUAUGCAGGGCUUCAAUUUUUCAUACCUUUAAAAAAAAAAAAAAAAAAGUAAAAAAAAAAAAAAAUGUAUUUUCUUUGCCCACCAUGCUUUAAAAGUCUGAA